CCACUGCUGUCGGUGUCCGACCGGGUCCACUACUUCUGGCUGCUGGUACACUGGUCAACGCUCUGCUGUUGGCGCAUGUUGCAUAUCGAGGAAGGAGAAGGAUAGCACGAGAAGGGAGAGAGGGCUAGAUUAUCGCCUACUGAAGCCUGACUGGGGGAGACGAUGACUGAAAAAAUGGAUCCCCGUGAAUUCGAGAAGAAGACGCAGGACGAGCUGGACGAUAUCCUCAACAGCGCGCUGGACGAUCUGGAGGACGAUGAGGACUUCGCCACGGCGGGGACAGACGACCGGAUGCAGGGGGUGGGGGACGCCCAGGGCAUCAAGGCCAUGGAGGACGACGAAGAAGACCGAGCGGCCAAAAACCUGCAGACUCUCAUGGACGACUUUUCCAACCCUGAGAUAGCCGAGUCUCUGGAGAAGGCGUUCCGGCACCUGGGGGGGCACGCGGAGGGGAAGGAUCUCCUGGGGGAGAGCCUGCGGGCGGCAAAGGCGGCUGAAAAGGAGGAUGCGGAGAAAAAAGCGAAGGACGCCGGGAAGACCGAUCCAUUUGACAGCAUACGACAGGGAGCACCGGAUAGACCAGACGACAACCGACCACCUGCUGCUGCUAGUGCUGCUGCACCAGCAUCAGGAGGGGCAGGGGUAGCGGCGGGCGAGUACGGGUUUGGAGAGGGGGAGGGGAGCACGGAUAUGGACCGGACGAUUUUUCGGACGCUGGAAAUGCUGUCGAAGGUGGGUUGGCCGGGGGGGGGGGGG